CAAAAAUAAAUUUGUAUGAAUGUCAAUUUUUUCUCGGUUGAGAUCUAAAUUAUUCAAAUUGUCAAAUCAUUUAAUGGAUCAGCAAGAAAGAUGCAAAAAGUGUAAUAUCAAAUGUGGCCUCAUAAAAGUCAGUCCUGAUGUGCUACGCUCCCUAGAAGAUGGUUUUCAAAAAUUAUCCGGAUCAAAUUCGACAUCGCUUCUGAAGAAAUAUUUAACAAAACAAGUGUUCGAUGAAUUGAAACAGAAGAAAACCUCUUUCGGUUCGACUUUAUUAGAUUGCAUACAGUCAGGUUUAGUCAAUCAUGAUUCUGGGGUAGGAAUAUAUGCCCCUGAUCCUGAAGCUUAUGUUGUAUUUGCUUCACUCUUCAAUUCAAUAAUACAAGAUUAUCAUGGCGGUUUCGGUCCAGAAGACAAACAUCCAAAACUAGAUUGGGGAGAUAUCAGCAAUCUAGAAGAUUUAGACCCAAAUGGUGAACACAUUAUAUCCACUAGAGUGCGGUGUGGUAGAUCAAUAGAGGGAUAUCCAUUUAAUCCAUGCUUAACAGAAGAUAACUAUAUGGAAAUCGAAGAACAAAUGAUUAAAAUUUUUCGAACUAUGGAAGGUGAACUUGAGGGGGAAUAUAAAGAUUUAACAACAAUGUCCAAAGAAGAGCAAAAUCAAUUAAUUGAUGACCAUUUUUUAUUUAAGGAAGGAGAUAGAUUUCUGAAGGCUGCUAAUGCUUGCAGGUUUUGGCCCAAAGGAAGAGGAAUCUACAUGAAUCACAAUAAAACAUUUUUAGUUUGGGUAAAUGAAGAAGAUCAUUUGAGAAUAAUAUCAAUGCAACCAGGAGGUGAUAUGGCUAGUGUUUACAAAAGAAUGAUAGAAGGAGUGUACUAUCUUGAGCAAAAUAUAAAAUUUGCUAGAAGCCCAAGGUUUGGAUUUUUAACAUUUUGUCCUACCAAUUUGGGUACAACAAUUAGAGCAUCAGUACACAUCAAGAUUCCAAAACUUUCAUCUGACAAUAACAAACUUGAUUCUAUAGCUCAAAGAUAUCAUCUACAAGUUCGUGGUACUAGAGGAGAACAUACCGAAUCUGAAGAUGGAAUUUUUGAUAUUUCUAACAAAAGAAGACUUGGUUUGACUGAAGCAGAUGCAAUAAGAGAAAUGCAGGAUGGCAUUCUAGAAAUAUUGAGGGUAGAACAAUCUCUGCCAUGAUAAAAUUUUUACUUACAUCUAGAUUUCAUAAUUUUAUUUUAUAAAAGCUGAAUAAAGAAACCAUUUAAAUCACAGUGUUUUUGAAUAUUAUUAUCUCAGUAGCAUAUUAAGUAUUCCUUCUGCCUUUUAGUGCAGUUCUGAAGAGGCCAUAUAUAGUUCUAGCAUCAACACCAAUAUUUAACAUUUCAAUGAUUAUCCU